AUCUUGCUUGUUGUCUUGUCUGAUUGUGCCUUUAUUUAGAUCGAUGGUAGAAAUGGUGACUGCUGUGUGAUUUCAUUGCGAUUGAUUUCUAAAAGUAUUCUCAGCGAUUUCUUCGGAUUUUUAUUUAUAAACCGUAAAUAAAUUAAUAGACAAAAUGGGUAACGAAAACUCAAUCCCUAUGGAACUGUGUUCAAAUUUCGACGCGGACGAGAUCCGCCGACUGGGCAAACGGUUCCGCAAGCUCGACCUGGACAACUCUGGCGCCCUCUCCAUCGACGAGUUCAUGUCGCUCCCGGAGCUACAGCAGAAUCCGCUGGUGCAGCGCGUCAUCGAUAUAUUUGACGCAGAUGGUAAUGGAGAGGUGGACUUCAAAGAGUUCAUUCAGGGCGUGUCGCAGUUCAGCGUGAAGGGAGACAAGCUGUCCAAGCUGCGGUUCGCGUUCCGCAUCUACGACAUGGACAAUGACGGCUACAUUUCCAACGGCGAGCUCUUCCAGGUUCUUAAAAUGAUGGUGGGUAACAAUCUAAAAGACACACAGCUUCAGCAGAUCGUGGACAAAACGAUCUUGUUCGCGGACAAAGACGAGGACGGCAAGAUCUCGUUCGAGGAGUUUUGCAAUGUGGUUGGCAACACUGACAUCCACAAGAAGAUGGUGGUGGACGUGUAGAGCGCCGUCUCUGUCCCCCGCCGUCUCCUGUCUCGCUCUAGCUAGAACACUAUUCAAAUUGCGCGUCGGUCGUCCGUUGGUCGCUCGGUUUUUGAGAUUGGUUUUUGGUUGGACGCGGGUGGCGUGUAGGGAAAUUAACAGUCUGUUAAUAGAGCAUCUUCAAUAUUAUAACGACCUUCAUUUCCAAGAAACGUUAUAUUAUAUUAUCUUAAAUUUACAUAAAUUAACUCAAAAGUUAGUGUUUUAUAACUACGUAAAUGAUAAUUUUUGGAGGUCAACGUAAAAAAAGACAAUGUAUAGCUUUGUAAAGGCGCGAUGUAUGCGCGUAAGUACUUAGUUAACACGUUUCUUACAAAAUAGUUAUUUGUUCCAUAAUAUUGAACAUGCUCGUUACAGAACUGUUAACAUUGUUACACCUCAAACAAUUUUACGAAAUUUACAAUGUUCUCGUAAAAUAUAACCGCGUGUACGUUUGUUUCGCGUCGUGCCUUGUAAAGUGCCAACAACACAGACAGACAAACAGUUUUGCAUUGCGCAUUGUUGACUCGAGUCACGAGCUAUUCGAGUCACGUAUAAUUUUAUCUGCUUGCAUUAACAUGAGCUCAUUUAUUUUAAGGUUAAUACGUCUCGACAGAACGCCGGUCGGAAAGUCUGUUCGACGUAAUCUCAGUAAUUUAGUGCCAUAACGUGUGAUGUCGAAACGAGACGCGAACUGUAAAGUCGCGCAUUACUACCAGACUUCGAAGAGGAGGAAUAGUCUCAAACUGGUUUUUGUUAAACAAACUUCUGCAAUGAAUGAUGUGCAUCAUCUGCAAUCAAUCAAUUUUGUCUCGGCCCAGUGCUUAAUUAAUAAAACAAUUUACCGCAAUGAAACACACAAGGUAUUCAUAAUAUUUUUUGUGAAUGGUCAUAUUCGCUAAAUUGUAAGCUUGCGGACUUGACCCGAGCGGCCGACGGCCCCGAGCGCUGUCUAUCGUAACUCGUUAAUAUAUUAUAUAAACUCUUCUUAAAGUAUACAUUUACAUAUAUCGUAGUUAUACAACAUUAGAGAACUUUUAUCGUAGCCAAAUCAAGUGUAGAUUUUUUAUUUUAUUAUUUUUGUUGCGGUAAUUUUUAGAACAUAUUGUUAUUUAGUAUUUUAUUUAUACACGGUUAGUUUAGUCCGUCAGUGGGCUAGUGUGGGCGCGUGAAGCCGCCUCACUAAUUCAGAGUUUAUUGUUUAAUUAAAGGGUGUGAGCUUUGUAGCCAAUAGCGCUGGUACGCUGUAUUACAAAGCCAUUCAACUAAUCUUCAUGUGUUUCAGUUUCUUUUUUAAUCAUUUCAACACAAAGUUUUGAGUAAAAGUGGUCAUGAAAUAUAUAUAUAAAUCAUGUAAGUAAAUAAAUUUUGUUGUUAGCAAUUUUUUUCAAUCGUCAAGUUUUUUUUAUAUGUUUAUUCAUUUUAUUUACACAAUUCUCUGAAUAGUUUGAGGUGGUGACGCCGCCCACUGCCGCCUGCCCAGUUGAAACUGCCUGUGUUUGGUGACGUCAUACACCAUCAGUCAUCGAUACACCGGUCCCAUCGCGCUUAUGUUGUUCUAUAAACUAACGAUUGUAAUUAAUCCGGAAAUCAUUACUUUUGAGACGAGGACAAGUCUAGCGGAAGUUUCGCGUCUAUGGCUUUAGAUUAAAGGAAAAUAUGGAUAAGUGCAGAUCUUCCAACCAAUACUAUUAGUGAGAUUAAUCCUGGUUGGUAGUUUAUUCAACGUUUGUUCAAAUACAAAGUUCGACUCACAACACUUUAAAACCGAGAAACAUUUAUGAACAGGACUUAAAACUCAAUCGCUUAUACUCUUAGUUUGAAUCUGCUGGAAGUAUACGCAGUUACGUCGGACUUUUCGUUUAGAUUUGUGCCUUGUCCAAGUCCACAUUUUUUCAAAAAGAGCGCCAUUUGCUGCUGCGAGUAUAUAAACUGUACGGUCACACUUCCUUUCGGUUGAUGGGUCAUGCAUGUCUAGAUGAGAUAUGUUUAACACCAGCUCCAUCGACCGAACCUCCUGUCCCCGCCCACCCAUCCUAACCCGUUCCUCUCUCGCAGGUGCUGACCGCGCUCAAGUGACCCGACCCACUCCACGUUAGAUAGUUCUGACUUUUGUACAAAUAUACGUUAACCUAAGUCACUCGGUGUUGUUUUGUGUAAAAUACUUCUCGUUUUAAUUAUAUCAAAUGUUUUAACUAUUGGAAGAAAGCGGGCGUGCCGUCAAAUUGGCAGGGUUAUAUCAACACGAAUCUUCCGAUUAGUUGAAGUAGUUUUCUUAUAGAGUUUUAUUAUUUAUAAAUAAUAUAUUUUCAUCGUCUGUGUCGUGUUUUAGAUAGAGGCAGGCCCUCCCUGUGUUCGCCGCCGGUGUGUUUUCGACACGCGGAUAGAUUUUGAUGUUUCAGUUUUUGUCUUUGAUCUUCACAAUUCACUCACGUCAUAUAGUUCCAAUUGUGAUGAAUGAAUAUAUUGACUUUAAAUUUUAAAUGUUGAGGCGUUUAAUUAUAAAGGCAGAGCCGGCGUCGGCUUGUAGGGAGGGCCGAGAGUCGACCGAUCGUUCAUGAAGUUACGGCGCACCUCACGAUACUUCGGUAGAAGCACGAGAAUUGAUAGGAUCUAGUCACAGCUGUUGUGAAUGCAACGCGCGAUGUGCGCCUGCACUCAGGCGGUAUGUCGCUUCAGAAUGGCUUCGUUUGUUAGUUGAUAACGAAAACUUAAUCUGACAAUUGUAUGGACGUUGAGUUUGUAUGGGAAUUGCUCUUUAGUAAAAUUGUGUUGUUGUUCUCAUGGUAUAUUUUUCAAUUUCAUGUUACUUUAAUAAGGGUGUUUGAAAUGUGUGAAAUUAAGUAAAAGUCAAACUAUCAUGCCAAAUUCAAAAAGUUAAAUGAUUUUUUAAACUGUACGUUUUCCCUCUUCUUCAUAUAGGAGUUUGGCUUCUAUGCACUUCCAUGGGGCCGAUAGACUGUAAUUGCAUCCAUAGUUAUCAGGAUUUUCUGUUCCGUCAAAUAAUAAAAAUGCAGAAAAAACCAUUAGCAUGCUUUUCGGCACAUAUUUCUGAAAACCUUUAUUCAGAAGAGAAACUGGAUUGGAACAGCGGGGGCGUUCUGAAGCGAGAUAGCGGCCCCGGCUUCCGCCGCGACACGCUACGCUGGGUAUCGUACACAGCUUUAACUAAAUGAAUGUUAAUUAUAGCAAUAUGCAAUUUUAAAGCCUUACUUCGGGGGACCCCGUCUUCCCGCGUACUCUAAGAUGACACUAUUUUAUCGGAUUUUUAUAUACUUCUUCAUUUGUUGAGUGCAAUGUAUGUGUGUGUUAGAUUAAGAUACGAUUCACUUUUUUUUCUAAGCAUACUCUUUAUAUCUUUAUACCUAAUCCCAGAGCUGUUUGCAUUGUUUUACCGAUUUUACACAAAAUCUUGUCACUAAUAUUAAGAUGGAAUGAUUGGCAUAUCUGAAGCUGUAUAUAUAUAUAUGUAUGUAUUUUUCCUAUUUGGUAUAUAAUUAUGUAAGUGUAUUCAAAAUUGAGACACAUGGCUAAAGAAAUACACGUAUUUAUCAAUUAACAAAAAUUGUAGAUCAGUGUCUCAGAUCAAUGUCUCAUUCAACUUAUGAGUAAGAUAGUUUUACAAUGAGUUUGAUAUAACGCUAGGCUAGAAUUGUAUUCCAAACAUUUAGGGAAUGUUUAUAGGCUUGCUUUUCUCGAAAUGUGAUCAAGAUUUUGUUUCUGGGCAUUAAUACAUAAGUAAAAAUUUAUAUAGUAUUUAAAUUACUACAAUUUGUGAAGCUAGUCCAGCUUCAAUAAAAGAUAUAAGUUUUGUCAGGCUUCCUGUAGAUGUCAGUAGUGUUUUGGAAGCCUCAGCAUCACGGCUCUGGGAGCUAUCUUUCGUCCAGUCAUAGUGUCAUAUAAUAUGUUGUGGCGACCCGCAUUAUACUACCGAGGGUCUCCGCAGCUGGUCACCCAUUUGUUUCCAUCAGUAGGUAGCGUGUCCUAAUUAAGUCUACUCUAAAGUGAUUCAUAAGUUUUAUUAAAUUUUAAAUUUCAGUGAAUUAAAUUGUUUUAUUGUUCUUUUCUUCUU